AUUUUGGGGGUCCCGGGCCAUGGGGGGGGAGAACGUGUUCCUGUUCGUGCCCAACCUCAUCGGCUACGCCCGCAUCCUGCUGGCCGCCGUCUCCUUCUGGCUGAUGCCGACGCGGCCGGGGCCGGCGGCCGCCUGCUACGGAGCGGCCGCGCUGCUGGACGCCGUGGACGGGCACGCGGCGCGGGCGCUGGGCCAGGGUACUGGUUAUACUGGUUUGGACUGGGUUGCUCCACCUGACCACGCCCCCUUUGGCCCCUCCCCCUUUAGCUCCGCCCUCCAGGGGGCGUCGUCGCACAAGGUCGUGGGGGGGGAGGGGCACCCCCUGCUGAGGCGCUACUACCAGUGCCGGCCGCUGCUCUUCGCGCUCUGCGCCGGCAAUGAGGGAUUCCACUGCUGCCUCUACCUGCUGCACUGGGGGGAGGGGCCCGCAGCGUUCCCGGGCGGUCCCGGGCUGGCCCGGCUGGGCCUGUGGCUCCUGGCCCCCCUGGCCGCCCUCAAAUCCUUCCUGAACCUUCUGCAGCUGGGCGGGGCCCUGCGGGGCGUGGCCGCCCUGGACGCGGCCGAGAGGGCCCAAAAAUCCUCCUGAGCCCCCCAGAAUCC